AUGUGUAAAGAAUACCGCGAACACUGCCGAUGCGGGAACUCGAAACCCAUCCACAUCGAACUAUGCCCCAAGGGUGCAGAUCUUCGAAAACAAGGCAGGCCCUUCUUCCACCAUCUCCCAGACAUCGUCCUCAAUCCGACAAUGCGCCUUUGCCCAAACUGUGACAAGCUCCCCCAGGCACCCGCUGCCAUGACCAAAGCGCAGGCAGUGCAAUCGAACUCUCGCAGACUCUGGGCCGCCCAACCCAGCGCCCAACCUCCUGCGCAAAGGAACCCGGUUACCCUCGAAAGUAUCGCUUCAGGUGCGCAUUUGCAAGCGCCAAGCAUUCUGGCAAAUCCUUACCGAUACUUCGAGGGGCUGGGCCCCGAGGGCGAGCGAGCAGCCUCGCCAGUGACAGCGCCUAGAAGCCCUCUUUUUAGCUCCCAGAACAGAGUCGAAUUCGCGAAAACACUCGCCCAGCUUUCCGCCGCCGUGGACGGGAUAUCGUCUACAACUAAACCCACAGCUCGGACUCAGACUCGACCUCAAGCUCAAUUACAGACUCAGACUCAACCCCAUGCUCAACCCCAUGCACCGCCCCAGCCUCAGCUACCAGCCGAGCUCUCCGCGUCCUCAAUCGAGGACCUCCCGACCGCCUUCGCAAAGCUAAAGGCCCGGGGACCAACGGAAUGGGCAGAGCACAUGAACUCAGCUCCUGCAACGGGUACAGCGGGCCCGGUGCCGCCGCAAGAGCCGCUGGCAGCAGCGUCGAGCCCUCAAGAACCCGCACCAGCCACCCUGGUGCCGAUUAUCGCAACGGUGCCGCCGCAAGCGCCGCUACCAACAGCGUCUGGCCCUCAAGAACCCGCACCAGCCGCCCCAGCGCCGAUUAUCGAGAAGGCACCGCCGCAAGAGCCACUACCAGCAGUGUCGGGCCCUCAAGAACCCUCACCAGCGCUCCCUGCGCCGAUCAUCGAGACAGUGGCGCAUUUGGCAGCUGAGGAAGCGAUUGAGGAUGGGGACGAAGACGGCGAAAACCUCACCGCGUCUUCGACGGCUGCGAGCGAGUUGGGAGAGAGCUGCUCAAGCUUAGAGGGUAGUGACGCGAACGUUGAUGAGGAGGGGGUAUUAGAUGAAGCAGAGUGGGAGGUUGUGAAACCUCAGGAGCUGCCGCCGCCGCCGGCGGAGGUGCUGAGGGGGAAAGGGAAGGGGGAUGGGCUUGGGGAUUGGGAGUUUGUGCGUAGAGCGUAG